GAGGCUUACCCAGAUGACAACCUCCGUCGCAUGAAAUAAAACCUCCUCUCUUUCGUUCGGUCCUUCUCAAUAAAUGGCACUGCCGUGUCUUUUACUCGUUUAGUUUUUAUAUUUUCAUGAAGAUUCACCUUCUCCCUCUAUAAUUCACAAGUCGAUUUUGGUAGAAAGACAGAGGUGCUUCGGAGGAGAGUUGCAGAGAUGGAAGGUGGUGUUGGAGGAGAAAGAGGGGAGGCGAGGAGGAAGAGAGGGGUUGUCGAGAUGUGCGAGAAACGGUACAAGGGGAUAAGGAUGAGGAAGUGGGGCAAGUGGGUGGCCGAGAUUAGGGAGCCCAAUAAGCGCUCCAGGAUCUGGCUAGGCUCCUACUCCACCCCCGUCGCUGCCGCUCGAGCCUACGACACCGCCGUAUUUUAUCUCAGGGGACCCUCCGCUCGCCUCAAUUUCCCAGAGUUCUUGGCCCCCGGUGAAGCGCUAAGGAGCGGUGACCUGUCUGCGGCUUCCAUAAGGAAGAAGGCGACCGAGGUGGGAGCGCAAGUCGACGCGCUCGAGACGGCUCUGCAUCAUCGUCUUCAUCAUCAGCAUGCAUCGGCGGCGGCGGCGGCGGCGGCGGAUGCGACGAACGAGUUUAAUUCUUGUGGUGGGUUUGUGGAACGAGUCGACUUGAAUAAGGUGCCCGACCCGGAUGAUUCGGACGGGGAUUGGGAGAGGAACUAGAGGAGAAAGUCCAUCUCUUCCUUAUGUGAAGGCCUCUGCUAUGUUAGUACUCAGUACUUCUCUGUACAUUUUGUCUUGGCUUUUAUUUUCUUUUCCUUUAACUUUUGUUAGUAUUAUUAUUUUCUAAUCAAAUGAAAUUUUGGCCUUUGUAAAAGAGUGGGAAAUGUAUAUUACCUUUACCAUCUUAA